UGAAGUGUGCAGACCCGCCACUGCUAUGGGAGACUCUGUUGUAGACCCAGCCCGAGGGACAGGCUUGGACCAGGCGCCCGGCUCAGCGCCCCAAGGGAAUGGCGGGACGUCUCUCAGCGUCAUCACGGAAGGUGUCGGGGAGCUGGCGGUCAUCGACCCCGAGGUGGCGAAGAAAGCCUGCGAAGAGGUCCUGGAGAAGGUCAAGCUGAUGCAUGGCGUAUCUUCCGACAACUUAACAAAACCGGCUGAUGGCAGCGAGGCAGAGUGCGCCCCACGGACUGCGGUGGAUUUGGCCAAUGGAGACAUCGGGGAGGGCUGUGAAAUCAAGUGCUUGGACGAUCCACCCAGCAUGGCCUCUAAGAUCCAGGAGGAGGACGAGACCAUGGCCAACACGGUGAAAACCGCCCGGAAGCGGCAGAAGAAUAACUCUGCUAAGCAGUCCUGGCUCCUCCGGCUCUUUGAAUCCAAACUCUUUGAUAUCUCCAUGGCCAUUUCAUACUUGUACAAUUCAAAGGAACCUGGUGUGCAGGCUUACAUUGGGAAUAGGUUGUUCUGCUUUAGGAACGAAGAAGUGGACUUCUACCUGCCACAGCUGCUGAAUAUGUACAUUCACAUGGACGAGGACGUGGGAGAUGCGAUCAAGCCCUACAUCGUGCACCGCUGCCGGCAGAGCAUCAACUUCUCCCUGCAGUGUGCCCUGCUGCUGGGUGCCUACUCCUCGGACAUGCACAUCUCCACUCAGCGACACUCCCGCGGGACCAAGCUGCGGAAACUCAUCCUCUCGGACGAGUUGAAGCCAGCUUACAAGAAGAGGGAGCUGCCGUCUCUGAGCCCAGCGCCCGAUACGGGGCUGUCUCCUUCCAAAAGGACUCACCAGAGGUCCAAGUCGGACGCCACCGUUACCAUCAGCCUGAGCAGCAAUCUGAAGCGCACAGCCAGCAAUCCCAAAGUCGAGAGCGAGGAAGAGGAGCUCUCCUCAAGUACGGAAAGUCUCGAUAAGUCAUUGUCUCCCCCUGUCAGACUUGCUCCCGAGAGAGAAUUCAUCAAAUCCCUGAUCGCCAUCGGGAAGCGCCUGGCCACCUUGCCGACCAAAGAGCAGAAGACCCAACGGCUCAUUUCGGAGCUGUCGCUGCUGAACCACAAGCUGCCGGCACGCGCCUGGCUCCCGACGGCUGGCUUCGACCAUCACGUGGUGCGGGUGCCCCACACCCAGGCAGUCGUCCUCAACUCCAAGGACAAGGCUCCCUAUUUAAUCUACGUUGAAGUACUUGAAUGUGACAAUUUCGACACAGCGAAUGUGCCCGCUCGGAUCCCCGAGAACCGCAUCCGGAGCACGCGCUCGGCCGAGAACCUUCCCGAGUGCGGGAUCACGCACGAGCAGAGGACCAGCAGCUUCACCACCGUCCCCAACUACGACAACGACGACGAGGCUUGGUCUGUGGACGAUAUUGUGGAGCUGCAGGUGGAGCUGCCGGAGAUUCACACCAACAGCUGUGACAACAUCUCCCAGUUCUCUGUGGACAGCAUCACCAGCCAGGAGAGCAGGGAGCCUGUGUUCAUCGCUGCUGGAGAUAUCAGGCGGCGGCUCUCGGAGCAGCUGGCGCACACCCCCACCUCCUUCAAGAGGGACCCCGAGGACCCGUCCGCUGUCGCCCUGAAGGAGCCCUGGCAGGAGAAAGUCAGGAGGAUCCGGGAAGGGUCCCCCUACGGCCACCUGCCCUCCUGGCGCCUCCUUUCUGUCAUCGUCAAGUGUGGGGACGACCUCCGGCAGGAGCUGCUCGCCUUCCAGGUCCUCAAGCAGCUGCAGUCCAUCUGGGAACAGGAGCGUGUCCCGCUCUGGAUCAAGCCAUACAAAAUCCUCGUCAUCUCUGCCGACAGCGGCAUGAUUGAGCCAGUCGUGAAUGCUGUGUCCAUCCACCAAAUCAAGAAGCAAUCCCUGCUUUCGCUGCUGGAUUAUUUCCUGCAAGAACAUGGCAAUUACAAUACCGAAUCCUUCCUGACGGCCCAGAGGAAUUUCGUGCAGAGCUGUGCCGGUUACUGCCUGGUGUGCUACCUACUGCAGGUCAAGGACAGGCACAACGGCAACAUCUUGCUGGAUGCGGAUGGACACAUAAUCCACAUCGAUUUUGGGUUCAUCCUCUCUAGCUCCCCCAGGAAUCUUGGCUUUGAGACAUCUGCCUUCAAACUCACCACGGAAUUUGUGGAUGUGAUGGGCGGGCUGGACGGGGACAUGUUCAACUACUACAAGAUGCUAAUGCUGCAGGGGCUCAUCGCUGCCCGGAAGCACAUGGAUAAAGUUGUGCAGAUCGUGGAGAUCAUGCAGCAAGGGUCGCAGCUCCCCUGUUUCCACGGCUCGUCCACCAUCCGCAACCUGAAGGAGCGGUUCCACAUGAACAUGACGGAGGAGCAGCUGCAGCUGCUCAUCGAGCAGAUGGUGGACGGCAGCAUGCGCUCCAUCACCACCAAGCUCUAUGAUGGCUUCCAGUACCUCACCAACGGCAUCAUGUGAUGGCCACGGGCCUCCCUCUCCCAGAACGGCUCCGUGCCCGCCGCUGCGCCCGGCCCAGGCCCGAGCUUUGCCCCCGGGGAAGAAGUCUUGGUCCUUGAUGGUAAAAAGGAGGCCGAGUCUCAGCAUCUUCCCAGGGCUGCUUUUUGCCAAGACUCCUCGACAAAAUGAAACAAGGAAAAACCAAGCAGUCGAAGCAGGAAAAAGAAAAACAAAACCCCAGUCGUGAAAAAUCAAAGCGAAACGGAUCAUGCGGUAACUGAGCUUGCUGCCGUGCGAGCGCGGGGUCCGGUGGUGGCCAGGCAAAAGCCAGCAAAGGGCCUCGGGACCGGGGGGGGUAGCGCUCGCCCCCCGCGCUGCCGCCUCUUCCACCCAUCAGUAUUACGCCCCGUUGGUGUCCUGUGAACUCUCCCACAAUCUCAUGAAA